AUGGAGCUGACCAAUGUGAGCACCCUGUCAAACGCUUCAAACACAGACCUGAGUCGCUGUGACAGGCACUGCAGGACAAUUCUCCUAUCACUAUACAGUGUGGUUUUGCUGGGAGGCGCUGCAGGGGCCAUUGCGAUGUCUUAUAUGAUGCUCAAAAGGAACAGCCAAUCAAUCGUCGCCACGAUUGUUCUCAAUAUCAUCGUGCUACACUCCAUCCUCCUGUUCAGCCUUCCCUUCCGCCUCAGCUAUUAUGUCUUAGUUGUCUGGGAGUUUGGAUCCUUCACCUGCCGAUUGGUUAGCAGCAUAAUAUAUGGUCAUAUGUAUUUCACCUUUGUUUUCUAUGUGGCCAUCAUUGUAAGUCGAUUGCUCAUGUAUUUUAAGAAACUCCAAACUCAGUUCCAAAAGUACCAUGUGGUGGUUUUAAGCAUUAUUAUUUGGAUGGUGGGUAGUGUCAUUUUUUUGCCAAUAUUUUUUUUACACUAUGGCACUAAUCCAAGUUACUCAGAACAACAGUGUUUCGAGUUCUACAAAGACCUCAAAAGCGAGGAGUUUAUUAUCUUGAACUACUCUAUGAUUGUCAUUAUGAUGACAACGGUUAUGACCCUCUUUCUGAUACAGAUGUGGGUCAUUGUUCAACUGGUAAAGGCUCUUUGGCCAGACAUGUGGACCCAUCAAGAGUACAGAGCUCAAAUCAAGAGCUUCUUCUUCCUCCUCAUAAUAGUGGUUUGUUUUAUACCCCACCAUGCCUUCCGGAUACACUUCAUUCAACAUUACUCAGAGACAGAAAAUUCUGAGUUAGUUCUUUAUAACGAAAUUUUUGUUGCUUUAACUACAGCCUGUUGCCUGGAUAUGCUGUGUUUCGUAGGUGGUGUUAUCCACUAA